UUUCAAUGGCGAUAUGUUUAGAUGUCGGGUCAUGAGAGGUCAACCCGGAUCAGCUAUAUGAACUCACAUCUCUUUGUCAGGCUUUAGUUUGGUUGAGACCGUCCUAGCUCGCGAGACUCCGUUCAAAGCAAUCAUGCAUAAUGCAAACUUGUACGAAUAUGCGAACAUGCUCCAAAAGCGAGACACGGCGAACGUGCUUAAGGAAUUCGCCCCCAAACUCCAGUGGAACCCACAAGAGUUGAUCUUAGACAUUGGAUGCGGCUCCGGGGAUGUGACAUCGGGUCUCCUCGUACCAGCCAUUCCCAAAGGUGUGACGAAAGGCUUUAAUGUGGUGGGGGUGGAUGUGUCCAAUGAUAUGGUGGACCAUGCCCGGGAUAAAUAUGGCGAGAGGAACGUGUCCUUCUGUCAAAUGGACAUUUCUCACGAGAUCCCACCCCGUAAAAUGACAAGAAGGUUCUCCAAGGUCUUUUCAUUCUACUGCUUGCAUUGGGUCAAGGAUCAGGGAAUUGCCUUGCACAACAUCCAUCGAUUGUUGGAGUACAAUGGUGAGGCUGUGCUUGUGUUCCUGGCCAAAAACCCGUUGUUCCAGGUCUACCGAAAAAUGUCCAGAAAAACGGAAUGGGCCCAAUACAUGACGGACGUGGAGAAAUUUGUUCCCUGUCAUCAAGACCACACCGAUCCGGCGACCUCGUUUUCCAUGGAGCUUGACACGCUCGGUUUUCAAGUGAUCAGUUGUGAGGCUCGGACCAUGAAGUUCCAAUUCAACAAUGCUAAUCAGUUGGUGGCAGCCUUGAAAGCGGUCAACCCUUUUUUGAGUCGAAUCCAGAGGGAACUUCAAGGCAAAUUCAUGAUCGACAUCUUGCAAGAGCUGAAAAACCUUCGAACUCCGGGUAUGGAUCACGGCCAACCUGAGGCGAAUUACACGCUCAUGGUGGCUCACUUUAAGAAGCCUCAGAUCAACUCGCCAGAAAUGCAGUGAAACACCGACCAGAUGAAGCAGAAAGUAAUAAAGUACAGACCUGGGGGGUAAUCAAACAUACACAAUAUAUUCCUCUUACAUCGUAUAAUACAAUACUUUGAGUUCAAUUCUUGUAAAAAUAAAUGUAUCUGUAACGAAUGAGAUAAUACAAAAAUAUGGUGCGGAUUCACUGAGCUUAGGCCGAGUAACGGGCCACGAUUUCUUGAUGAACCGUCUUUCUGAGUGAGUUCAUGACUUCUUGUGGGUUCUCAGCUUUGACCACUGCGGUUCCGGACACGAUCAUAUUAGCCCCUGCCUAUCAU